GUUUUGGCGUCGGUACGUCUAUAGAAGUUCCCAGGAUACGUACCGAGUCGAUGUAUCUCGUAGGGCAAGGGUCCUCUUGACGUCCUGCAGCGGCCGUCAAGUCCCAUGGCUGAAGUAGCCGAACGGGAACGGGCAGCCUGUCUGUCAUCUGUAUAUAUCCUCCCUUCCCAUCCUCUUUCAGAUUAACCUAGCCUUGACAACAAAUCAACUUGACAAGUAAGAGAAGAUCUUUGGAUUUCAAUCGAAAAGAUCUCUUGAGAAUAAAAUAAAACAACACUACCUCGAAUACAUUGUGUUCUCUACUCGCAGCUGUGUCCGCAGCUUUAUACUUAUUCCAGUGGACUAUCAAUCCCGUUCGCUUGGAUUUGCCCACUAUGUUUGCCAUGUCGCAGCACCCAUACUCAUAUGCCUCUUCGCAACCGGCGAGGCAAUACCCGGCACAGGGCACGAGCAGUGCUUUCUCCAGCUCUGCAAACCCAGAUGAGGAUUGGACCAAGAUCUCGGAUCUUGCUGAGCGCAGGAGGAUCCAAAAUCGGAUUGCUCAACGCAACUACCGCAAGAAGCUCAAGAGACGCUUGGAAGACUUGGAGAGACGCGCAAACACAUCAGACGGCUCCUCAUCCGCCAGUGGAUCUGAGAAACAGGGACAAACUACCACCAAGAGCAUUAAGAAAUCGGCCUCAAAGUCACAAAAAGCAACCUCGACCUCUCAAAAGGCAGUAGCUCCCCAAUUUACACCGCCAAUGACACACGACGAUGAGCUCAUGUUCCCUUCAACUUAUGACGAUCGCGAGCGAUCGCAUACACCUCCUUUCGUUCAAUAUUCACCAUACCCUCCGCCUGACGAGAUGCUACUUCCCCCUUACGGAACUGCACAGCCUUACCAAUCCAUGACCGCUGCCGAAACGUACCCUGGUUAUAUGGCCACGACCAUGCCCGGUACUUUACCUUCAAUCACACACUUCAACGAUGCCAUCAAGCGGGAACCUUACCCUGAUGAAUCGCUGUCCCCUUACAUGAACUAUGGCUACCUCCCCGGGAUGGACAUGAGCGGUCAAAACCCAUACGAUAGCUCCAACCCUCAUACACCACCACUAUCUCAUUCAUUCGAUCACUCUGCAAACUGCUCCGAGUCUGGCUACGAAUACCCAACUACACCUUUAUCCAUGCCAGACUCCCCAGGGUUCAUACAACAAUAGUUAAAAUGGAGACAGACGGAUAUAGAGAAGGGGCUAGAUAAGAGGUUCACACGAGCACGUAUGGGUUAUGACAUCUUCUUGGACAUAUUUCUUAUAACUCUUUCGGCAAGCAGCGGCGCAUAAAUUUUUUUCUCCUUGAGUCGAAGCGCUCGAACUUCGUAGACUCGGAAAUGAGGAAUCAAGGGCUAUAUUUUAACCAUCAACUCUACCGUUAAAAUAUUAUAACCGCGGAGCAGUCGUGCUGCUCCUCGUCAAUAGUUAUAUUCAUUCUUAGCAUUCUCAUAAAUACUUGCUCGCAAUAUCAUGGUAUCGUAUCAGUGAAACGAAUGUUUGCUAUAUCAUUACUAUAUAGUUGAACAUGCGGGUAACAAGGUGAGCUCUCCCGGGAGAGCUG